AUUCCCAAGGAUUGUGAUAUUGACACAUCAGACAACGUCGAUGAAGGUCUCGAUAAUUAUGGUCUCGAUCAUGUAGAGAUACCAGACAAUAGACCCAUUCAAAAGGGCCUAGUCACAGUGGUUCGUGGAUCCAACGAUGAAGUUACUCGUCAGGCUGGCUUGCGGACAACGGGACGCGACUUAGAGCGCUCAAGAAUUCACUGCGAAGAUUUUGUAUCCGAUUUUAUCAAGAAGGCAAACCACAUGUCUCGCAUUCAUCCGGUCCAAUUCACCAUCACAGCGGUGUCGACUCACCUUUCAACACAUUGCUUUCAAUUCAUGGCCACUACACCUGGUCUGUGGGAUUGGGCUGACUAUGACCUCGGUUCGUCUGCAAAGCAUGAAAGCACUACCUCAAAAAUGCAAGCGUAUGUUACAGGUAAGACAAUCGCAGGCCUUGUACGGCCUAAGAGAGCAAGAGGUCCAACAGUGGAAAAGGAUAAGUUGAAGGACAGUUUGAACCAGAUAAUUCAAAAAGUUACUAAGAAGCCGCAAGGGCGUUGGCCGUGGUCAAAUUGUGAAGAUCGACUGCGAGACGAAGGUUUCAACUUACAAUACGAACCAUCCGACUGCCUCUACAGAUCUUGGAUCACUAAACCCAAUUCUGGUCUCACGGAAGAAAUGGCUCGAAGAGUAAACAUUGACAUGCUUUUGAACCCCAUCUCCCUCAUCCCGAUUGAGGGCUUCAUUCUUGACAAGUAUCGGGUGAAGAACAAGAAGCGGAGGAUGUCUUCUGAGACGGAAGAAGCCCGCAUAGGGGAGAAUGGAGAUGAAAGUGACUGAGCAAUGGGUAUCUGAUCACGAUUUAUGAUCUUUUCGCAUGUUUUCAGUUUCAGUUUUUGGAACUCUAUAAAUAAUAUUUGCCGUUUCACCGCUAAUGAUCACAUUACUGAGAGAGAAGCAAACUAUGACUCGUUAUUCAACGCCUUGUUUUCCCUGUCGAAUGUAAAAGUUUCAACAAAUAAUCUUGUUUUCUUUCAUUUUAAUCGUAUAACUUUCAAGUCAUUACAUCCAGUUUUUCAUUACGAUUGGAAAACCUUUUUUUAUUUC